AUGGAUAUCCGAUCGCUUUUGAAUCCUCUAGAUGAGGGAGAGAGGAAAGUGAUCGCUGCCGUUGCAUUCACAGAGAAGAUAUCUCAGCCUCCGUUGAUAACCCAGGGCCAGGUCAAUUUUCCACACAGGCAGCAAAAGAAAUAUCCAUGUCCACACACUGCAGCACAUUCAUGCAAGUCAACAUUCAGCACCCCCGGUCUCGCCUCACACCAUGGAAAGAAACACACCGGAAAAAGAUAUGAAUGCUCAGUGUGCAAUAAGUCGUUUGCACAAACAGACAAUUUGAGGGUACAUCUAAAAACCGUCUGCCUAAGGAACACCUUGAGAAACCCAUCGCCUUCCACCCCAACAGGCAAGAAACGGCCUGCCGCUGUCAUCGAACAUGAGGAGCGUCGAAUUUCAGCGGGCUAUUCACAUGGCAAUCCCUCUGAUGAAAAUCAGCCUGGAGGUGGUUCUCAUAUUCAAACUGGAAACAAUGAACAUCUGCGUCCCCGUCGUCGUCCUAAUCCUAUAGCUACACGGUCUCAGCCUCGUACCGUCGAAGACCCUCACAGCCCGUCAAGUGUGGUGGUAGAAAGAGAGGUCGAAUCUGGUCAUGAUGAAGUUAUGGAUAUACCCCGCCAAUCUGACGAUGUAACAUUGGAUCGAAACUCCCCAGAAAGUGUGGGUGGAAACGACGGGGAGGAUUUUGAUCACUGCCGUCGGUUGGUCCACCUCAACAAUGGCUCGGACACUGCUUUUGACCGCGAAGAAAUUUCGGCGAUAAACGACAUCUUUGAUGAUAACUGGACUUUCCAUGCUCCGAUCGAUAGCCGAUACUGCGACCGUCAUGGCGAAAAUGAGUAUCUCUGUGCCAUGGAGCCCGAAGGCGUUUGGGUGUCUGAAUGGAACUUUCAAGAUCCGGAAGCAGCAAGAUCAAAGCUGGAAGAGCUAUACAGAAACUAUCAACAGAAUGGACCGGCAUCGUGUCUCUUGGAUGUUGAAUGCGAUAUCCCUGACCUCCUGGACCAUAUUUCAUCUGUGACAAAGAGGGGUAUUUCUGAUGAGCUAGUGGUUUACUUUGUGCACUGGAGGCGUCAAUGGCUGCGGUCGGAGAAUAUCCUAUUUCUAAACGGACAGAGUGGAGGGAGUCUUGUGGAUAGACCGCUGCAUCUUUGGAGAACGCCUCGCCUCCCCAUUCCAACACUGGGAACCACCCGCAAAACGGGAAUCGAUUGCCAUGCAAAACAUAAAUGCAACGUCGAGUCCGUCCUGGCCGCCCUGAGCGGUGACAACACACCCGGAAAUGAGCCAGACAAGCCUGUCUAUCCAGUUCCCCUCCAAGUCGAUGGAGGUGGUUAUGUGCGGGUUCCUGGCUCCAAUAAUUGUAUUGAGCGGAACGGCCCGGAACGCACGGGACGAGCUAUUCCCGGCGGCCCUGGCAUGGCGGUUACUUGUCAUUGGCUGCAAGCUGUCAGACGACCAGUUGCUCCUCUGAAUAUGAGCAAUAAAAAGCGCCUAUUUAUCUCUAUUCACCACCGAGAUGAAAUGUCUCUUCAAGAGGGAAUACGCAAGACGUACGGUGCAUACCACUGGGGAGUUUUGUUAGCACCUAAGAAGUCCAACGGCCGCGACAACAUGGCAUACGACGUUUCGGACGGCGUUCGGUUGGAUGGUGAAACUGGGCAAGACCUGAACUCGGAAAGAGAUUGGUUCUUCAGGAUUAAGAACAACGUGAAUCCGUUGGACAGUGGGCGGUUAGUCGGUCGGGUCAUGAUCGGAAAAGUUCCUCCGCAAACGACAGAAAAUGAUCUCGAAACCAUCCUCAGGGGUGUUGCUCUGCCGGAUAAGGAAUCAGGAGAAAGAUGUCGCCAUUGGGUUUGGAAUGCCAUAUCCACUCUACAAAAUGAAUCAGUGAUACCGAACUUUGAUAUCGAAGAAUUCAAAGUCUGGAUAUUGGAUUAUGCCAAUCAAUGCCUGGCCAACCCUAGUCCAAGCAAUUUGACUCCCAAUACGGUAAUCAAGAAUGGCACCACCCUGCGCGGACGCAACCACUCCUUCUUUGGGGGGAUGAAGUGUUCGAAGUUGAGUCAAGAUAGUUGCAAUAUCAUUGAGAAUGGUUUCCUUUUCCUUGGGUUUCAGGCCGCGCAUCCACAGAGUUUCAAGCCAUUCAAGAACAAAGAUGGCGUUAGCAUUGUCUCAUUAGGUGAUAGGGAUUUGAUUGAGCAAACCUUGUAA